GCUGCAAUUAUAUCGAAGCUCCUUCCACCUUCAAAUAAUGCCAUCAUAUCUGCGAUACAAAAUGACAGAAAAAGUUCUAAAGUCUGGUGUUAACUUCUCCCAAACCAGUGUGUUCAGCAGGAUUUUGGAUGCAUGUAGGGUAUUAUUGCUUCUUGGUGUCAUUGACCCUUCCUAUCCUUCUGGUUGCAGUAUAUUUCCACUGGCUCAGUAUGAAGUUGUUCAACCAUGCAUGGUUUCAUUCUCAUCAGGUUGAAGACACAUGGCAGAAAAAGAAUAUGUGGAAUGGAACCAUCUCAGGACAACAAUUAAGAUGAUCGUUAGUCUUGAAUUGUAUCUCAGAAGACUGUAAAUUGCUUUGAAGAAAGGAGGGUUUUGCUGCGGGUUUUUUUUUUUGGGGGGUUGCAUAGUUAUGGUUCAAACCGAAUAUUCCAUAAUGGAAAAACCCUCAUAGUUAUUGGUCGUCCCUCUCUCUCUUUUCAAUAGUCAAAAAAAAAAAAAAUUACUACAUACAAAUUUUGGAGAUUGGACCUAUGAAAGGUGUUUUUUUUUCCCUUCCAAAAUAACCUUGCUCCAUUAUUGUUUUGAUUUGGUCCCUCUUGUGUGCUUGCAUUAAUAUUUUCUUGCAACUGUUAUAUUGAGAUGUUAUGAAGUGAUGUGUAUCUGUGG